AUGCCUACAAAGGACUUGAAAGUGGUCAUAGUUGGAGGUUCCAUCGCGGGUCUACUUCUCGCUAAUGCCCUUGCUCGACAAGGUAUUGAUUUCAUUGUCCUGGAAGGUAGAUCGGAAGUUGCACCAUGCGAUGGUGCAGGGCUAUGCAUUCUAUCCAGCGGUGCACGUAUUCUGGAUCAGUUGGGAAUAUUUGAGGAUAUCCAAGCUUAUGGGGGACCGAUUUCUGUUCAGCGCAUCUGGCGAGAUGAUGGACAGCUGCUGGGGCACACCGAAACUUUGGCCUUAAUACCAGUGCGACAGGGCUAUCCUGUCAUUUUCGUUGAAAGACAACGAGUUCUUCAGGUUCUCUUUGAGCAUCUGCCGGACACGAAACGCGUGCUUCUCGGAAAGAAAGUCAUAGACAUUACUGCAUCAGACGACCAAGCUAUAGUGAAAUGCUUGGAUGGCACUAAUUACGAAGCGGACAUAAUAGUUGGAGCAGAUGGAAUACACAGCAUUACACGCAGAAAGAUGAUAAGGGAUAUUAUCAGCAACUGCCCACAAUCGCACAUUAGUCAUGGGCAGCUAGGACGAGUGUUCACCGCUCAAUAUGCAGCCGUCUUUGGCCUCUCUAGGCCAACUCCUGGGAUGAAGAUCGGGCAUUGCAACAGAACGUUCGCCGAUGGGUUCUCUUUCUUCAAUGCGGUAGGCAGGAAAGGGCAGAUCUUUUGGUUCCUAUUUCGUGAUAUGGGAAAGGUAUAUUCUGAAAAGGAUAUACCUCGCUUCGAUCAGAACAAAAUCGAGGAAGACAUUGCUCCCUUCCUCAACAAGUACGUUGCAGAGGGGGUGAGAUUCCAGGAUAUCUUCAAAAACAGAGUCCGAUGUGCGCAUGUGCCUAUUGAAGAGGGUUUCUUAACCCAGUGGGCGUGGGGAAGGUAUGCAUGCAUUGGGGAUUCAGUACACAAGACUACACCGAACCUGGGCCAAGGCGGAAACGGGGCGAUAGAGAGCGCGGCUUCUCUUGCAAAUACCAUCGUUUCCAUUGCUCACAGCGUCAAACUUGAAAGCCUGUCAGUACCUGAGAUUUCGGCCUCUUUGGAUGAGUGGGCCAGAUCUAGACAGCGGCGGAUGAAGCUCAUUUGCGAUUUGGGUAACAGUUUCACGAGACUCGAAGCAUUUCAUACGCUUAAAGAUAAGGCUUUGGGUCUCUACCUUGGUAAAUACCAAGUGGACGCGAUUGCUGACAUUCUGUGCGAUACGACUGUGGGCGCAGAGAAGUUAUCAUUUCUCCCACUUCCCGAGAAAUCGGCACAUGUGACAAUGCCUUUUGACCCAGAAAAAGGUAUCCAUGCUGCACCAAGAGUAAGGUCGUUAAUGCUGCGUGCACUACUCCCCUUUAUCCUGAUCUUUGCCGUCCAGCCCACUGUGCGGGGUUUUAUGAACAGUCGUAUCCUUAAGCCCGUGUCUAUCUCAUACGAGCAUGAGGCAGAAGCAUUCGAUUUUCUCGGUUACGAUAUCAAUUAUCAGAGUAUCCAGGCUCUAGCAGCAAUGUCUCGAAUUGCAGAUCUCGGGGCGAUCCUAGGCAUUUGGGCCUUGGAAAGCUGCAGAACAGGAAACGUUGCCACUUUAAUGUCGUUGUAA